AUGCAAUUAGUUGCUGUACUUGCUGCUCUGGGUGCCCUGGUGGCCCCAGCUGUGGCUUAUCCCCAUGCUCCCAUGAACGAGACUCUCGUCGAUGUCCAGCUUAUUGCUGUUGGAAACACAAUGGUCAAAGCUACCAUCACAAACAAGGGUGACUCCGUGUUGAACAUGCUCAAGUUCAACACCAUCAUGGACGAGAAUCCUACCCGCAAAGUCAUGGUUUUCCAGGACGGUGCCGAGGUUCCCUUCACUGGAAUGAUGCCACGAUACCUCAUGAGCGACCUCACCGAGGAGUUCUUUACCACCCUUGCUCCCCAGGCAAGCGUUGAGCAUUCCUUCGAUAUCGCUACCACCCACGAUCUCAGCGCCGGUGGAAGAUAUGUUAUCAGUGCCAGCGGCGCCAUUCCAACUGCCGAGGAGUAUAGCACCACCAUCACUUCCACUGCUCUGUACGAGUCCAACGAGCUCCAUAUGGAGAUUGAUGGGACCGAAGCUGCCGCUGUCGAGCAGGCGAUGAAGUUCACCCCUGAGAUGCAGUCUAUUCACGCCCGAGCUUUGCAGAAGCGCACCAGGAUCGUUGGCGGGUCUUGCAACCAGAACACUCUCCGUGCCACUCAGAAUGCCCUUGGAAACUCUGCCCGUCUUGCCCAAGCUGCCUCUCGUGCUGCCUCACAGAAUGCUGCCAAAUUCCAGGAGUACUUCCGCACCAACGAUGCUAACGCUAAGCAGAGAGUAAUUGCCCGCCUCAACUCUGUUGCCCGCGAAUCUAGCUCUGCUAACGGCGGCUCUACAACAUACUACUGCUCUGAUACCAUGGGUGGCUGCAAACCCCGUGUCCUUGCCUACACCCUGCCAUCACGCAACCUUGUUGUCAACUGCCCAAUCUACUAUAACUUACCCCCGCUCACAAGGCAGUGCCAUGCUCAGGAUCAGGCCACCACGACCCUCCAUGAGUUCACUCACAACCCAGCCGUUGCGAGCCCACACUGCCAGGAUUACGCCUAUGGCUACCAGCAGUGUAUCUCCCUCCCAGCUGCCAGGGCCGUCCAGAACGCCGAUAACUACGCCCUAUUUGCCAACGCUAUUUACGUCAACUGCUAA